UCCUCCUCCUCCUCCUCCUCCUCCUUUGGGGUUUUUGGAGAAAGCUGGAGGGAAGAUAGGCAGCACAGCCAGAGCCGCGCGCCUCUCAGGAGGACCGACAAGUUUAUUCCUCGCGGCGGAGACUCCUGGAAAUAUUACCAAGAUACUUUCAGAAUAACCAGGAGACCUCCAGGAUCUCUGAGGCUGACCUGUAGCCAUGGGGGACGUGGUUUCCUCUCACUUGGAUGAGAAUAGGCGGGGGAUGAUUACAGCUCGGACCAGAGAUGUGAUGAAACAGUUCAGUGAUGUGUAUGAGCAGCAGUACGCUGUCGCGCUCUUCAACAGCGUCCGCUUCGACAUAGAAGGAGGAGGAGGAACGCAGUCACAGCUGCUUCACAGAAAGGACCCCCUGGCUGGCCGCUCCAUCUUCUCAGGGAGUCUGUUCCAGUACUUGGAGGAGAACCGGAAGUGGAGGAAUCGCUUCGUGUCUGUGCCAAACAGCUACACCAUCAGCCUCUAUGAGAGCAAAACCGCACAUGAACGAGGGCUUCACCCGAAGGUUACCAUCAACUGUGCCGGCUACAAGGCCCUGACUUCCAUGGAGGAGUACCUGGAGCUGAUCAAUGGCAGCCUUCCAGGUGUCAAGGCCAAAGCGAGCAACAGUCCCUUCAUCAAGUGUGCGACCCAGUUUCCCCUCAUCCUGUGGCAUCCCUACGCUCGCCAUCACUACUUCUGCGUGAUGACCGAGAAGGAGCAGAAGAAGUGGCACGCUGUCCUCCAGGACUGCGUCAGACACAGCAACAAUGGUCUGCCAGAGGACUCCACUGUUCAGACACCCGCCUUCACUGACUCUGUAAGACUUUACAGACAAGCAAAAGGACACUAUGGGACCUGGGAAAUGAUGUGUGGAGUGCCACCACAGAUUUUAGCUAAUCUCGUGAUGGAGACUCUCCACCCUGAGCUAAGAAAUGUGAUCGCCCCCCGUCUGAAGGGAAAGAUGCAGCAGAAGCAGAGGAACUGGAUGUUGAUUUCUGAUGCAGUGUACAGGCAGGUGUCGUCUCAGACCACCGGUCAGUAUGAAGCGCUUGUGGAAGCCUGUGAGGCCCACAGGGUUUCAUUAGACGCCAGACUGCGGACUGAUAUGGACCAGAUUGUCACAUCAAAAGAACAUAUCAUCAGCAAGAUAAAAGCUCUAGUGUUGCCCAAAGCAGAGCAGCUCCUUCGGACCAGCAUCCAGCCCUACAUCAGCUCCAUCCUGGAGGCCCUGAUGGAGCCCACCAGCCGAGGUUUCUCUGAAGUUAGGGACGUGUUCUUCAAGGAGCUGGUGGAGAUCAGCAAGAAUUCACUUAACGGCAGGGGCAAGGAAAAACUGGGAGAUCAACUGGAGCGGCUGUCCAUGUUGGCCUUUCACCCUGUGAAGAUGCAGAGCUGUUAUGAGAAGAUGGAGGAGCUGAACCUGGAGGGGCUGCAGCAGAGGUUCGAUGUUUCUAGCCCCUCUGUGUUCAUCAGCAGGGCUCAGAUCCUCAUGAGGGAGCAAAUGGACAAUGCAGUGUACACAUUUGAACAGCUGCUCCAUCAGUCUUUAGAGGCUCAGGGGGAAGAUAACAUGUGUAAGACCAUCCAGAGAUGCCAGGACAGGGUUAUCAAGAAAUAUGAUUAUGACAGCAGCACGGUGCGAAAGAAGUUCUUCAGAGAAGCUUUGCUGCAGAUUAUCAUCCCCUAUAUGCUGCAACAGCUCUCACCAUCCUGUACACCUGAGCUGCCUCGCUUUAAGGAGCUCAUCUUUGAGGACUUCUCCCGUUUUCUCCUGGUGGAAAAUAUGUACGAAGAGGUGGUCCUGCAGUCUGUCACCAAAGACAUAAUGAUGGCUGUGAAGGAGGCAGCCGUGCAGAGGAGACACAAUCUCUACAGGGACAGCAUCAUUCUGACUAACAGUGAUCCCAACUUGCAUCUGCUCGGGGAAACACCCUCGGUGGACUGGGCCUCCAAAUUUGGGGGUGAUGAACCAGAUUGUUCUGUUAGAGGCGAAGCUGAGGCGAGGGGAUCUGGGAGAAGACGCAAGCAGGUGGUGUCCAUGAUACAGCUGGAUGGGUUGCCAUUUCCUUAUGAGUCUUGUCUGGAGGUCCCAGGGGUGGAGCUUAUUCCUGAGGAGGACAGCGAGGAUUGCGAAUGCAAAAAGGAAGACCAAGUGGAGGAAAAGGAGGACUUUGGUCCGUCUGAGGUUCCCAAGUCUCCAGACAGCGUUGAUGAAAUCCGGGACUUGAUCAACCCGGUGCUGGAGAUGGUGUUGCCGGUGCCAGAGAAGGAACUGAGCGAGGUGACAAAUGGGACACAAUUAGCCACUGGCACCGUCACCAUGGAGGACGGGUUAGAGGAAAACGUGACGCACGUCACCACCGUCGUAGAGGAUGUCCCCAGGAAAUCACUGCAAGACAAGACGUCCCCGGAGUCAAUCCUGCAUGAGCUGCUAGGAAACAAGAACCAGGAAGCUGAUAAGGAGCAUCAGGAGGAGGCAGCCAUCCGGAAAGCCAUCGAGGAAAUGGAGAUGGCAGUGCAGGAAGAGGAGAGUGAGCGGAUGGCAGAGGCCUUGGCAGCAGAAUCAGAUUGUGAGUUACCACCACUGGCUGCAGAUUUUGGCUCUCAUUAUGACAGCGGCUUCCAGUCGCCGACCAAUGACGGGCUGAUUGAGAGUGAGCCUCAGCCAAUCACAAACGGCCUGAAUGGAGAGGACAAAAUUGUUGAUCCUGUUGAAGUUGAGGUUGUUUUAGCGUAGGAAUGCAGAACACCCUCCCAUUAUAUUUAAUGUAAGAGGAGGGUUUUAUUUAAGGGAUUAAACAAGUCUAUUAUCUGUUGUUCAGUGAUUGGUUCUCAGUUUUAUUCAUGUUUUGCAUCAACAGUAAACCCACCAUAGGUUUAUGCUCCAUUUAAAUCUUUUUAUUUGUACAUUCAGGUAUUUACGACUCAUCUACGUCAGCGUUGUAAUAUAUCAGGAAGUCAGACUCACAUUUAUGUUAAAAAGUUUGAAACACUGUAUUUCAGUUCUUGUAUCUGAACAGCAGGGGGCGCUGGAGGACAACUUGACUUUUUUCCCUUUAUUUUAAUGGUCACAUUUUCAGUCUCUGCUAUUUGAGUGAUAAAAAUUAAUUAGCUCACUUUAUAAGCUUUUGUCAUAUUUGCAUAUUCCCUCUAUGUUUAAACAGUCUAAUAAUGAUUCAUACAUCUUUGUAAAGGCAGUGGCUCUUCAUGUUUUUAUAUCUGUUGGCAGAAAUAACCAAAAACAUUUAGUUUAAAGCGUUAAGUGUGGGAGGGUUUGAUGUAUUUAUCAUUACAUGCUAGAUUUUCUGUUCUCCAUCCUAUUACUUCAGCUUCAUUGUAGGUAUAUUGAAUCAAAUAGUACAAUGUCUAUUUAUAUCAUUUUGUUCCUUAUUUAAUUAAUUUCCAAUAGCUAAGUGACAGAUUUGCAUCCGUGUUCAUGUUGAAGACAAUGAUCUCAUUGUAAAUCAUGAAAGGGAAAAUAAAUAUGAAGCUUUAAUUACUGAAUUACAUCAGUCUGAAACUUUUGCCUGAGAGUUCAUCUCAGCUGUACAAUGGCUUAGUCUUUGUUUUUUUUAAGAGGUUAAAUUUGGUACCAAAUACGACAUGGAGAACAGUCAUUCAAGUCUAUGUAUACCAUGUGUUACAUUAAAGAAAUUACAUAAUUAAAAGAUUAGAUUAAAAUAUGAGGUUGUAAAUAAGCACAUUUUUAUAAAAUAAGGGUCCAGUUAUACUUCUUUCGUGUAAAUUAAGUCAUGUUCUUAUCAGCAGUAAUCAGUCUGUCGGUGAGUUAUAUUCAUAGUUGAACCUCAAAUAAAUGCUGAGAAAAGUUAUUCCUUCAUAAAUCUGUCAUUCUGACACUUAUUUCCAGAGAAAUGUCUCCUUGCCCUGUGUAUUUAUUUUACAACCUGUGUGGUGAGUAACUUCCAGGUGUUACCGCUUUCUGUUUUUCUACGUGUAAACAUUGUCUUCUUGACUUAUAUAGGUUGAAAUGAAUGAAUAAAAAUAGUUCAUCAGCUUUA